UCGUAGCCGCUCGUGGCCUCGUAAUGUUCCGUACCAUAGCGUAUGGUAACGCACACCUCAUGUUUUUCAGGUGGCAGAGCAGGGUCUGGAGCAGGGGGUUGGUCCGCCCACCCCCAGCCCGGCUCUCGUUCCUUGCCGGGCCCGGUGCCGAGAUGAGCCGCCUGCUGUGGAGGAAGGUGGCCUCCCGGAGGGCUGAGACGUGGCACCGGGCCUCGGGCACCUCCCCACCCGCCGCCGCCAGCCACCAGGCCCAGGAGGCGGCCCCGGCCCCGCCUCCACCGCGGCAGAACCCGCUGCGCAUCCAGAUGCUGUCCAAGGGGCUGCACGAGCAGAUCUUCGGCGGGGCCGAGGCGCAGCCCGAGGAGGCGGCCGUGCAUCGCAGUGUGGAGCACCUGCAGCGUCACGGGCUGUGGGGCCGGGAGGCGGCAGCCCUGCCUGAUGUGGACCUGCGGUUACCCCGCCUCUACGGGGACGACCUUGACCAGCACUUCCGCCUGCUGGCCCAGAAGCAAAGCCUUCCCUACCUGGAGGCCGCCCAGCGGCUGUUGCAGGCCCCGCUGCCCCCGCUGCCCCCGACGUGGGCCUGGAGAGAGGGCUGGACAUGCUACGGGCCGGGCGGGGAGGGCCGAGCGGUGGCGUUCCCCGACGAGCAGGCCCUGGUGUUAGACGUCGAGGUCUGCGUGUCCGAGGGGAACUGCCCUACCCUGGCCGUGGCUGUGUCCCCCACUGCCUGGUACUCGUGGUGCAGCCGGAGGCUGGUGGAAGAGCGCUUCUCCUGGUCCAGCCAGCUGUGCCCGGCGGACCUCAUCCCCCUGGAGACCUCGGCUGGCGUCAGUGGCUCAGUCGACUGGCCUGAGAGGCUCGUCGUGGGCCACAACGUCUGCUUCGACCGGGCCCACGUGAAGGAGCAGUACCUGAUCCAGGGCUCUCGGAUGCGAUUCCUGGAUACCAUGAGCAUGCACAUGGCCAUUUCAGGCCUGACCGGCUUCCAGCGCACCCUCUGGAUGGCAGCCAAGCAGGGCAAGCGGAAGGGUGCCCAGGAGGUGCUUCAGCACGUCAAGAAAACCCGCAGCAAGGCCAAGGGCCCAGCAAUCUCGGCCUGGGAUUGGCUAGACCUGAGCAGCGUCAACAACCUGGCAGACGUGCACAGCCUGUACGUGGGGGGGUCCCCCCUUCAGAAGGAGGUGCGCGAGCUCUUCAUCAAGGGCUCCAUGCGAGACAUCCGGGAAAACUUCCAGGAUCUGAUGCAGUACUGUGCCCUGGACGUGAAGGCCACCCAUGAAGUGUUCCAGGAGCAGCUGCCUCUCUUCUUGGAGCGGUGCCCCCACCCUGUGACACUGGCUGGGAUGCUGGAGAUGGGGGCGUCCUACCUGCCCGUGAACCAGAAUUGGGAGCGCUACCUGGCGGAGGCCCAGAGCACCUAUGAGGAGCUGCAGAGGGAGAUGAAGAAAUCGCUCAUGGAUCUCGCCAACGAUGCCUGCCAGCUGCUCUCUGGGGAGAGGUACAAGGACGAUCCCUGGCUGUGGGACCUGGAAUGGGACCUACAGGAGUUCAAGCUGAAGAAGCUGCCGCCAGCAAGGAGGAAGAAGAAAGAGGAGGGUCCAGAGCAGGAGGAGCCUGGGACACCCCCUGCUGGGGCUGGGAGCCCCCUGGAAUUGGAGUGGCAGGAAGAUCCUGGCCCCCCCAGUGAGGAAGAGGAGCUGCAGAGAGGCCCCGCCAUCCGUGCCCGCCUUGAGCAGCUGAAGGCCACGUCAUCUCUGCUACCCAAGAGGACCCAGCAUUUGCCGGGACACCCGAGAUGGUACCGGAAGCUGUGUCCUCGCCUGAACGACCCAGGGUGGGGGCCGGGCCCCAGCCUCAUCAGCCUGCAGAUGCAAGUGACCCCGAAGCUCAUGGCCCUGACUUGGGAUGGCUUCCCGGUGUACUAUUCGGGCCAGCACGGCUGGGGCUACCUGGUGCCCGGGCGGCAGGACAACUUGGAGGCGGAUUCCUGGGGCCCGGACCCAGAUCCAGAUCCGACGGUAACAUCGUGCCCUUACAGAGCCAUUGAGCGCCUGUACCAGGAGUACUGCCUGGAGAAGGACAAGGACCAGCAGCAGACUCCCCUGCCCCUGAGCGAGGAUUUUGUGCUUACCGACAACAGCUCCAUGUGGCAGACGGUGGAGGAGCUCGACUGCUUGGAACGAGACCUUGACACAGAAUUGGGGAGCUUCCGGGCAUCCAGGAAAACAGGCCAGUCCUCGCCCCAGGAGGAAGCCGGGGGUCCGGAGACAAAGCUGGGGGACAGCCGGCCCCCCAACCAUCAGGGCAAUGGGCCCUACAAUGAUGUGAACAUCCCCGGCUGCUGGUAUUUCAAGCUGCCCCACAAGGACGGAAACAACUGUAACGUGGGCAGCCCCUUUACCAAGGAUUUCCUGCCCAAGAUGGAGGAUGGCACCCUGCAGGCAGGCCCCGGUGGUGCCAGUGGGCCUCGGGCCCUGGAGAUCAACAAGAUGAUCUCGUUCUGGAGGAAUGCCCACAAGCGCAUCAGCUCCCAGAUGGUCGUGUGGCUGCGGAGAGCAGAGUUGCCUCGUGUGGUGACCAGGCACCCUGACUACGAUGAAGAGGGCCACUACGGGGCCAUCCUGCCCCAGGUGGUGACAGCAGGCACCAUCACCCGGAGAGCCGUGGAGCCCACCUGGCUGACGGCCAGCAAUGCCCGGGAGGACCGGGUGGGCAGCGAGCUCAAAGCCAUGGUGCAGGCCCCGCCCGGCUACGUCCUCGUCGGGGCCGAUGUGGACUCUCAAGAGCUGUGGAUUGCGGCUGUGCUCGGAGACGCCCACUUUGCCGGGAUGCACGGCUCCACCGCCUUCGGCUGGAUGACCCUGCAGGGCAAGAAAAGUAGUGGCACCGACCUGCACAGCAAGACGGCCAUCACGGUGGGCAUCAGCCGGGAACAUGCCAAGGUCUUCAACUACGGCCGCAUCUACGGGGCCGGCCGGCCCUUCGCUGAGCGCCUGCUCAUGCAGUUCAACCAUCGGCUCACGCCGCAGGAGGCUGCCGAGAAGGCCAGGCAGAUGUACGCAGUCACUAAAGGCCUCCGCAGAUACCGACUGUCCGAGGAAGGCCAGUGGUUGGUGAAGGAGCUGGGGCUCUCCAUGGACGAGAUGGAGGACGGCUGGGUUUCCCUGCAGGACCUGCGAAGGAUCCAGAGAGAGGCUGCCAAACAGUCUCGCCAGGGCAAGUGGGACGUGGUGGCUGAGUACAAGUGGGCCGGGGGGACUGAGUCGGAGAUGUUCAACAAGCUGGAGAGCAUCGCCAUGUCCCCUGCCCCCCAGACCCCCGUGCUGGGCUGUCGCAUCAGUCGCGCCCUGGAGCCGUCGGCCGUCGGCCGGGAGUUUGUGACCAGCCGUGUGAACUGGGUGGUGCAGAGCUCGGCGGUUGACUACCUGCACCUCAUGCUGGUGGCCAUGAAGUGGCUGUUUGAAGAGUUUGCCAUCGACGGCCGCUUCUGCAUCAGCAUCCACGACGAGGUGCGCUACCUGGUGCGGGCAGACGACCGCUAUCGGGCAGCCUUGGCCCUGCAGAUCACCAACCUCCUGACGCGGUGUAUGUUUGCGUACAAACUGGGCCUGCGGGACUUGCCCCAGUCUGUAGCCUUUUUCAGUGCAGUGGACAUUGAUCGGUGCCUUAGGAAGGAAGUGACCAUGGACUGUAAAACCCCCUCCAACCCCACUGGCAUGGAAAGGAGAUAUGGGAUCCCCCAGGGUGAAGCGCUGGAUAUUUACCAAAUAAUUCAACUCACCAAUGGCUCCUUGGAGAAAACAAACUAAGCUGGGCCAGCUGGGGCUCUGAAGAGAGGCCUGCCUUGGGCAGGUUGGGGCAUCCCCUCCAGUUGGAGCGGAGGCAGAGGUUCGAAGGCGGUUUGGGGCCCUGAUUCUCUUGAAGGUGCUGCAAGGAUUAAAGGCAGUGUGGGACUUUGCGGGCAAGGAGGAAGCCCCAGUUGCACAGUCCCCAGUGACUUGGAAUGGGUGGGAAUCAUUUCUUUCUUCUUUUUUUCUUGGCUGGUUCCUGAUUCUGCUCAGCCACAACACUCUGGGGAAGAAGAGAAAGCCUACUAAAUAAAGAUGUGGAGCGAGA